CCUGGAUUUAAACUGGGUAUAAUCGCUGUGUUUAUAUGGGAUACUAAUAUGAUUCUCUCUCUGCAGCUCAGAUCAGUACGGGGGUCGCUUUAUAGUUUAGAAUGCAGAAACUUGAAACAGCUUCUACGGAAGAGAAGAACAUGAUUUUUUCCAGAAAUACUUUGCCAAGCACAAAUGUUGCUGACUGACGUUUUUGGAGAACUGUGUUAUACAGAGGUCUUCUUCGGGUACGGGACUGAGCCAGAAAAGAAGCAAUUGGCAAACCUACCCAAGGGUCAUGUAUUAACUCUGGGUCUUCACAUGUAUGGUUGCCUGGUGAUUCAGAAGGUGGUCGUGCUGAAGGUGUCCCUGCACUGCAAAGCGUGCGCUGGCAAGGGGAAGAAGCAGCUCGCCAAGAUGGAAGAGGAGCAGCAACAGCACGGGCACGGGCAGAGGAGCGGCAGCAGCAUGGGCAGAGCUCCACCGGCGCAGGGGAGAAGCUGCAGCAUGGGCAGAGCUCCACCAGCUCCACCCAGGCACGCGGCGACGACGCGCGGGGGCUCCUGAUCCUGGUCCGGAUCGUGGCGGGAGGUUCCGGCGACGGGCGGAGGAAGGUCCUGGGCGGCGGCAGCGGAGCAGGUCCUGGGCCUGGUGGGCGGCGAAUCGCGCAGCUGGGCGGCGCCGGCCCCUGGCGACGCGCGAGCGAGGGGCGGAGGAAGAAGAUGGAGUCAGGGACCUGUUUGUAACAGUCAGGCACAAGCUUUGUGUGUCGGCAGCAAGCAUCAAGUAAUUCAACCAAGGUAGUUGAGCCUGCUCCCCUCCAA